AUGGCGGCCGCCGCCCUCUCCUCCGCCGCCACGGCCACCCCGGCCCGCCGCCAUGCCGCGCUGCCGUCCUUCGCGGGGCUCCGCCGCGCACCGAACGCCGAGAGCCUGCAGCUGCCGUCCUCUACCGGGCGGCGGGGGCGAGGGCGGGCGGCGCUGACCGUGCGGGCCUCCAACAACCCGAAGCUGCCGGCGGGACGGCGCCUGCGGGUGGCGGUGAUCGGCGGGGGGCCGGCGGGGGGCUGCGCGGCGGAGACGCUGGCGAAGGGCGGGGUGGAGACGGUGCUGAUCGAGCGGAAGAUGGACAACUGCAAGCCCUGCGGGGGGGCCAUCCCGCUGUGCAUGGUGGGGGAGUUCGAUCUGCCGCAGGACAUCAUCGACCGGCGGGUGAGGAAGAUGAAGAUGAUCUCCCCCUCGAACGUCUCCGUGGACAUCGGCCGGACCCUGAAGCCGGACGAGUACAUCGGCAUGCUCCGGCGGGAGGUUCUCGACAGCUACCUACGGGAGCGGGCGGAGAAGAGCGGCGCCACCCUCGUCAACGGCCUGUUCCUGCGCAUGGACAAGCCCGCCGGCCCCGGCGAGCGCUACCGAGUCCACUACAACAAGUACGACGGCCGCGCCGUCGGUGAGCCGGUGACGCUGGAGGUCGACGCCGUCAUCGGCGCCGACGGGGCCAACUCCCGCGUGGCCAAGUCCAUCGGCGCCGGCAACUACGAGUUCGCCAUCGCCUUCCAGGUACCCGAAUAAAAAAAAUGGAACUUUUUCUCUUCUUCGCCGAUUUGGGGGGCGGAUUUUUUUCAGAUCUACAGGUGGGUGGGCACUGAGGUUUUGGCGCGUGGGGGCAGGAGAGGAUGAGGAUUCCGGCGGAGAAGAUGGAGUACUAUGAGGAGAGGGCGGAGAUGUACGUGGGGCUGGACGUGUCGCCGGACUUCUACGCGUGGGUGUUCCCCAAGUCGGACCACGUCGCCGUCGGCACCGGCACUGUCACCCACAAGGGCGACAUCAAGCUCCUCCAGGAGGCCACCCGCAACCGCGCCGGCGACAAGAUCGACGGCGCCGUCACCUUCCGCGUCGAGGCCCACCCCAUCCCCGAGCACCCCCGCCCCCGCCGGUAAGCACCCACCCACCACCCCUCUCAACCCUCUGAACCCUGAACUGACUGGGUUCAGGUAGCUCUCCUGAGAAUCGGGAAUCUGAGAGAGAGGGGAGAGAGAGAGAAAGUGGGAGAGCUGCCUCCCUCCCCCACUUCUUCCAACCCCCUGAAACCUUAACUGACUGGUUCAGCUGGCUCGCCUGAGAAUCGGGGAUCUGAGCUGAGAGCUGUGUCGUUGUGUCUGACUGCGCAGGGCGGUGGACCAGGUGGCGCUGGUGGGGGACGCGGCCGGGUACGUGACCAAGUGCUCCGGCGAGGGGAUCUACUUCGCGGCGAAGAGCGGGCGGAUGUGCGCGGAGGAGAUCGUCAGGGGGUCCGAGAAUGGGACGAGGACGAUCACAGAGGCCGAUCUCCGCCGGUACCUGGCCAAGUUCGACAAGCUCUACUGGCCCACCUACAAGGUGCUCGACGUGUUGCAGAAGGUCUUCUACCGCUCCAACCCAGCCAAGGAGGCCUUCGUGGAGAUGUGCGCCGACGAGUACGUGCAGAAGAUGACCUUCGACAGCUACCUCUACAAGCGGGUCGUCCCCGGGACCCCCCUGGAGGACCUCAAGCUCGCCGUAAAGACCAUCGGCUGCCUCGUCCGCGCCAACGCCCUCCGCAACGAGAUGAACAAGAUCGGCAUCUACUCGUGA